AUGGACUUUGAUUUCGCCGCGUACCUACGCCGUCUCGAUCCCGCGUACGUCUACCGCGUGGAGAAACUCGCUGGCGGGGUGGUCAACGUGACUGCCCGGGCGAGCAAAGCGCGCUUUGCGAGUCCCAUGAGCACAGCACCAGCUAAGACCCCGUCGGCGACGUUGGGGUCGAGAGGCAGUGCUGCCGGGUUAGAUUGCGGGCAAGGCAGGUUCCCGGGCUAUGGGUCGCUGGUCUUGAAGCAUGCGCCGCCGUUUAUUGCCGGCGUGGGCGAGAGUGCGCCCAUGUCGCAGGGCCGUCAGGUUGGGGGAGAGGACGGAUCAAGCAGUCUGUCACUCUCGACCAUAGGAGUGCUGCAUCAUGUAGCGGCGGCGUCGGGAGUCACGGUUCCCAGACUGCUCCUUCACGAUCCGACCGACCACGUCCUCGUCCUCUCCGACUUGGGACCACUGCCCGACCUCUCGAAAGUCUUCAUCGAGCUGGGUGGGUUUACGCCGGACGCGGCGGGCGCAGCUACAGCGUGGCAGCCGCCGCCGUCAUCCCCUUGCCUUGGCCAUACGCUUGACGCUCACGAGAUCGCGAGGUAUCGAAGGAUAGGCGAGAAGUUGGGCACGUUCUUUGCAUGCUUGCACAGACCCAGCAGCGUCCAUUCUGUCCUUGGAGCACUCCACACCCAAGGUGACGGUCAGCAGCAACGACCGCGAGAUACAUUCCCGUCGCUGCCAGAGAUGAAGACUGCCAUUCACGACCACGUCAUCAAGCCGAUCCGAGCCCACCUGCUCAAGUUCCCUUCUCUCCUCAACGAAGCAGAAGCCGAGACCCUCUUCGCAGCGGUAGAGGCAGACUUUCUCCGCCCGACUCCUCUGGAGGAACAAUGCGUCGUCCUCGGCGAUUGUUGGACUGGCGCGGUGUUAGUCGACCUAGGGGUCGCGACCGGUGAACCAAAUGUGGACACGGAUGUGGAUGAUGUGGACGUCGGCGUGGGCAUCAUCGACUGGGAAUUCGCGAGCAUCAGCGGGCGCGGCGUCAACGGCGACGUGAGCCAGUUCCUCGCCCACCUCGAGCUGUUGCGCGUCGCUGCUCAUACACACCCGCCAGGGUACGCCAGGGGCCACCUAUCGGCCGUCAACGCCAUCAUAGAAGGCUUCAUAUCCCAGUACAAGCCUGCUCAAACCAGGAGGUUUGUUAGGGAUGGUGAUAGUGAUGACGAUGAUCGCGUCCUCCGGUCCGCGUACCUCUUGCACGGCGCGGAGUUGAUCAACUGCGCCUUCUGGAAGACCUGGAUCUGCGCGGAUCCCGCGUGCCCGUCCUGCGCCCAGAAUGCUCAAUCGUCGCUGGCUGAUGCUGGUGCUGAUGCUGGUGCUGGUGACCCGGGAAGCGGCCCUCAAUGCAGCGUCGUGACGAGCUUGGUGCGCCGGGGCGUCUCGUUCCUGAGGUGCGCGGUGGCGCCAGAUCCGCGGCGCGGGACGGCCAAAUUGAGGCAGGACGUGGCGGCCAGCCUAGGACUGGAACUUGAUGAUGCGCAGACUAUGGGGCUGUAUGACCUGUUUGAAGAGUCGUGA